GAAGUACGCGGGUCUAGCUGGAUGUACCGCGCUCGUCCUCUACAAUGGCUAGUAAUAUUAAGCCGAUGCACAAGACCAAACACUUCCCGAUAGACCAGCUAGUAUGCGUCGGCAACUACGAGUUGGAAAAAACUAUUGGCACGGGCAACUUCGCCAUCGUAAAACUCGCCACACAUUCUAUAACUAAGAGUAAGGUAGCAAUAAAAAUAAUAGACAAAUCGCGAUUGGACGAAGACAACUUGAAGAAGACAUUCCGGGAGAUAGCAAUCAUGAAGAGAUUACAGCAUCCGCACAUCGUAAGACUUUAUCAGGUUAUGGAGAGCAGUCACACGCUAUACCUAGUCACGGAGUAUGCGCCUAACGGUGAAAUUUUUGAUCACUUAGUUUCAAAAGGGCGUAUGCCAGAAUCAGAAGCGGCGAGGGCAUUUGCACAGAUGGUGGCGGCUGUCGGAUACUGCCACGCGAAUGGUGUCGUACACAGAGACUUGAAGGCGGAGAAUUUGUUGCUGGACAAAGAUAUGAAUAUUAAGUUAGCUGACUUCGGUUUUAGUAAUGAAUACACAGCUGGUGCUGCGCUGUCCACGUGGUGCGGGAGUCCGCCAUACGCGGCUCCGGAGUUGUUUGAGGGACGACACUACGAUGGCCCGAAGGCUGAUAUAUGGUCCCUUGGUGUGGUUCUAUAUGUGCUGGUUUGCGGUGCUCUGCCCUUCGAUGGCAGUACUCUUAGCGAGUUGAGGAGUGUGGUGCUCAGCGGGAAGUUUAGGAUACCAUAUUUUAUGUCACAAGAGUGCGAGCAGCUGAUCCGGCACAUGCUGGUGGUGGAGCCCGAGCGGCGCCUGUCGCUGCGGGGGGUGGCGCGCCAUCGCUGGCUGCAGGCGCACCAGCCGGGGCCCGGGCCCGGCAGCUACGACGCGUCGGGCGGCGCGUGCGCGUGCCACGGGCCGCGCGCGCCGGGCGACGCGGCGCUGCACGACGCCGUGCUGGCGCGCAUGCUGGCGCUGCCCGGCCUGGCGCUGCAGCACGUGCAGCAGUCUGUGCAAGAGGAACGCUUCGAUCACAUAUCCGCUAUAUAUCAUUUACUAAUGGACAAAUUGCAACAGAAAGACGGCUCAACGGACAUGGACAGAGAUUCACUGGACUCCACGACAGGCCUACCGUUAGAUCUCACUAGUUGUAAGAGCGGUGAAGAGGAACAAAUGGAGGCUGAGGAUAGCAGUUCGGGUUCAGACGGCUUGCAGGCACCUGGAUAUUUUACUGCUGGACAGGGAGACAGUUUCGAAAAGUUCGGGUCGGGCUCGCACGAGGGCGCGGGCGAGGCGGCGCGGCCGGCGCGCGCGCGUGCACACGACGCGCCCGCCGCGCGCCGGCACACCGUGGGGCCCGGCGACUGCCGCCAGGCGAGCGAAUUAUCCGGACGUAAUGUACCACACUGCGCCUCAGCACACUUCAGCUGCGGGGUGGCCCCGGCGGCGCUGGCGCAGGCCGAGGUGUCGCUGCUGCCCAACACCAACCUGGCGGCCAAGCUGCCCGCCGUGCAGCACCACCCACCCCGCUACUGCAGCGUCAAGGACCACCACCUGCUCAAGCCGCCGGUCGCGAUGCAGACACAAGCGUCGUCGUUCGGGCGGCGCGCGUCGGACGGCGGCGCACACGUGCGCGCCAGCGACGCCUGCUCUGCGCCUAAGCACCACGUUUCAGAUAGUGGAACACCCACGAGGCCAUCAGACGCUGAGCAGGCGGAGGAGCAAGCUAGCGAUUCUACGUACAACAAUAAUUUAUGCAGGUACAUGCUGAACCGGGGUAGCAGCAAGCGGCACACCAUGGCCACGCCAGAGGACGCCGCCAGCUCUGCGUGCGCGCCCCCCACCAUGGCGGCGGGCGGCGCGGCGUCGGCGGCGAGCGUGCGCGUGCGGCGCAGCGGGCUGCUCACGGUGACGGAGCGCCCGCCCGUAAUUAGUCCGGAGCUCGUUAUGGAAGUCGAGGCGCGAAUGAAACGAAACUACCUCCCCCCAUCGAUACAAGGGGGCUACAGUUACCAAAACCAGACCGGUUACCAGAGCCCCCCACCUGCCAACACCCAAAAUCCCCAGGGUUCAAUAACAGCGGGUACUCCGAAUUACGCUAAGAAUUCUAUGAAACCAGUCUUAGAAACUAUACCUCAGGGUAGUAUAAUGGGCUUGAAUCAAGCAGUCACCCCCUAUACCCCAUCUAUAUCUCAAUUCUCGCCCACCCACGGGGCUGUUGUUUCGCAAACUGGGUCAAUAAUAAGUGGUACCCCUAUAUCUAAUCAGGGAUCAAUCCUAACUGGUACCUCCAUGCAAAGCCAAUCAUUCAACACUCCUAACCAUGGUUCAAUUAUUUCUGGCACUCCUCUAAAUAACCAAAGUUCCAUGGAUACUGGUUCCGUCCAGAAUCAACCAAUACUAACCACCUCGUUGCCGAACCAAGGCUCGAUUAUGACAGGAACUCCAAUUCAAAACCAGGGGUCAAUUAUGACUGGCACACCUAUCCAAAACCAAGCGUCCAUAUUAACGGGGCCCUUGCAAAACCAGAAUUUCAAUUCAGCAAUACAAAACCAGGGUUCAAUUUUAACUGGAACCCCGAUCCAGAGCCAAAAUUUCACUCCCACUAGCACGUUGCAAAAUCAAGGAUCCAUAGUUUCCGGUACACCAGUUCCAAGUCAGGGCUCGAUAGUGUCCGGUACACCAGUUCCAAGCCAGGGCUCGAUAGUUUCCGGUACGCCAGUUCAAGGCCAGGGUUCAAUAUUGUCCGGGAUACCAAUGGAUUCCAAGAACUUCGGUACUGGUUUUGGUAACUUUGGUUAUAACCAAACCUUCGGUCCGAACCCAACGAAUGUACCAAGUGGUUCCAUAACCGCUGGCACUCCGGUCAGUGGCAGUGGGUUCAAUCAGAAUCAGUACAGUCGCCACCGGAAGUACUCUGGCCCUCAGCGUGUUAAACUGCAAAUGUUGGCCACUGUACAAGAAAUGGCGCGCGAGCACGCGGAGCGCUACUCGCCCGUGCGGCGCGCGGAGGUGUCGCCGCCCCGCGCCGCGCACGACCUCGCGUCCGCGCGCCUCGAGUACCAGCAGCUGCAGCGUGGUCUGGAACGUCGUUCGGGUGGGGCGCCCCCCGGUGUGGGUGGAGUGGGGGGCGCGUCUCCCCCCGCGGAGCGGCUGCACACCCCCGCCACCUCUGUACCAGGGUCUCCGAUUCACGCUGGAGCCUCCGCCCCCACUCUGGAGCUGAGCGCCGACCCCGCGCAGGACCUAUCAUUAAAAUUAGGCAUAAAUUUAAACACCUUAUACUCGCCUCAACUCUCGCAAGAAGUAUUCAAAUCGAUCCAGUAUGGGAGCUAUGGGCUGCUGUCUGGACACACCUCCCCCGCCAGCCCCGGCUCCCCCCUCCACCAAAUCACAGAAGGCUUAAGUUAUUUACACACAGGUUCCAUAACCAGAGGAACGCCGCAACCCAACGCAACACCCUUAGAUUUAAGAAGUAAUGUAGACAUGGAUACGACCUUCCCUCAGCUCCAUCCGAUGGUCCAUCCUCAAAUACACGUAGUGGCUCACAGAUCUCUCAACAAUUCCCCCAUUUCUAAUCCCGGGUCACCCCUAGAUAUGAUUCAGGAGGAGAUUGGUAACGGUAGCCAGAAUGGCGAAGCUAAAUUCCCAGAAAGGACCUUCCAGCUCCAAAACUAUGCUUCAACUCAUCCGCAGAUUAGCUUAACGGAUUGCCUGGGAUCAGAGAUCACACUUGUGGCGUCGUCGUCAGAGGACAGCGUGGAUAGUUUAGAAAAUUCCAAAUAUCCAUUACCGCAGUUCGUCAUAUCGGAGCCAUCGGACUUGGACGAUCGACCGUCGAUAACCAAAGGUAUAGGUAGGAAAGUUAGCCAGGAGACUGAAUCUAUUGAACUGCCCAAAGAUAUAGAAAAUUUAGAUAAGGAUACAGAAAUGCCAUCGCCCAAAGAAAGCGUUGACGAAACGAGUAAAUAUUUGACGGAGGAGCUCGCGAGGCGGGGGAGCGACAAGUCCUUAGGUUUUAGCGACGACUCCUUAAGCAACGACUCGGCAAACGCUUCGCCGAACUGCGAACAAAACAUACAGUCCAUAUAUUCCAAUAUAGUAUCAAUUAGUUCAGGAUUUAGCGAAAACAGGGGUAGCUUCUCGGAGCACAGAGAAUCCUUCUCUUUUUCCGACAGGGGUAGUUUUUCAGAGAGAGGAGAUUUUGGACGGUCUUCGUUCUCAGAAAAGAGCGACUUUGGUAGAAGCAGCUUUUCAGAGAAGGGAGAAACUCCAAGGUCUUCGUUCUCAGCUCAAGGUGUUUUGGGUGAAGUUAAAGAAUAUUACGAAGACGUUUACAUGCCUAGAGAUAAAACCUUAGAUAAAUUCGAAGAGGAGAGUCCGCACACUAAUGAAAUUGAGAAGCUGCAGCGAUCUACGAUGGACUUGCGUUUAUCAGAAAUAUGUAGACCGGAAGACCAAAGAAUACCAAUUCUCUUGAGCCCCCAAAAAGUUUCUUGCGUUCAGGAGUACUACGAGGUCGCGCUAUCAACUGUCUGUUCCCAAUUAGAUUCACAAAGGAUAGUAGAAUUGCUAAAAGAUACAAUUAACACGAGAGUGCCCCCCCAAAACAUUUUCAUCGAAAAAGGUGAUCAGAAGGACAAAAGUGAUGAUUCGGAAGCGCUAACUGGUUUCCUAAAUUUAGAAUAUUCUGGUGGUAUCCAGAUAGAACUAGUUGUUUGCGAAAAUAAGGCGAAAGAAAAGAAGGGCUUGAAAAUGCGACGGAUAUCCGGCGACCAGCGGGAAUACGGGAAACUAUGCCAGCAACUGAUCACUAGUCUGACGGUUUAGAUUUUUUGUGGAUUUUUGUGAAUCGAUAAAGUAUUUUCCGCAUCGGAAUUUUGACAAGAAUCAAAGUCGGCUACUAUUUUUGGUCGCUAAUUAAAGCUUGAGUUUCGAUGCUAUAACGGAAGCUGUAUUUCUGACGAUUUUACGACGAAGGAAAUGAAAAAAAAAAAAUCACAGUUGGUUGAUUGAUUGAAAGAUCAAUCGUUGAUUUUUCAUAGCAUUUUCUUGAUUUUCCGUUAUCUUUUGGAUUGUGUGUUAGCUUAUAAGGGGAGAUAACUCUCACCAAGCAAGACCAUUACAAAAUAACCCAAAGAAUAACACGCGUCCACCGUUAACCUGCUUUUUUGAAGUUGGUUGGGUAUAAAGAAAUAAACGGAAAUAAUACUAAGUACAGAUGUACUUUGUCGUAUGACGUUAAAAAAUGUGAUAAAAAUAGUACUAUAAAAGGGUCCAGUUUAGAGAAAUUUGGACUUUAAAAGGUCAUUACAUAUACUGUAACAAGAUAUGAUCAUAUCAUAACGCCAUAGAGUUCAGUCGUGUAAUUAAAAAAUGAACCUUAUUUGUUUGAGCAUUUAAUUAAAUUUCUAAAUUAAAUUCCUCUUCUAUAUUUAUGGGAUCACACCAUCGCUGAUUCCAAUGGCUAAAGUAAAGUUAUAUAAACACUUUGAUUUGUUACAUCAAUAGUAGAGUUAAUAGUCUAUGGUAUUCGUUGAAAUGUUUUUAAUGUCGGCCAUUGUUAGCUAAACGGAAUCGUUUUGUAUUAAGAACUUGUUAAGCAAAUCUAUGGUUUGUUUAUCUUUACUUUUAUUGUCAUUGGAAUAUUUAGUUUAUUUAUUAUACAGCUGCGGCCAUAUCUUUGUUUACAAUGCCAUGUUCUAUAGUUUGGUGUGUUGAAUCCAUUUUAAUUUCAAGUUGGUUUGUAUCAGUAUUUUGAACCUUAAUCGGUUCGAAUACGGUUCAAAUCAGAUUGACUUUAUGUAUAUAAUUUUCUCUGAAAUUUCAGAUGUAUUUGUAUAUUAUGUCGAUAAAAACAAUUGAAUUUAUUUAUUCCAAGAUUUAUUGUACGAUUCCAUAUUAGAUUUUAAUAUAGUUUAAGUCUGUAUAUAUAGUUAAGGUACAUUAAACGGCAUUUUAUUAUAAUUUGAUACGAAAUUGUUUUUUUUUAAUUAAAAUCAAAUUAAUAAGAAAAUGUUGCGUAAAUGUUAUGACGCAGAUGCAACGGACAAUAUCCAUUGGAUUUGAAAUAUAUUUUAUUUCCUAAGUAAAUAUAUGUUAUAUAUAUGUUAUUUUUAUACAGAGUCAGGGUUGUCCGUCGUCUGUCUGUGUCGCUAGUUGAUACGAAUGCCAUGCGUAGUUAGUGUCGCGUUAUCAAAGUUUAAAAAUUCUUGUAAAUAAUAUUUUAAUAAACAAUUCCGAUUCCAUAAUGUUAA